AUGGAUUGCGGGUGCAUUCCUCCACCUCCCGACUUCGAUUUACCUCCUCCGCCGGAUCCCUCGCUGAUCUGGGAUCUUCUUUCUGAUGAGCCAAUUGCCGAGUUUCUAGAGGUAAGUAGUCAUGAUUUGUUUGGAAAUUGUGUUUAGUAUAGAUUCGAAGCGGUUUGACGAUAUUUUUUAUAUUGCACUAGGCAUCUGAUAUAAUUUUUGGCUGAGAAUUGAUUUUUUGCUUGGAAUUUCUGGGGAAAUUGGAUGAAUUAGGAAAUAACAAGUGAUUUUCUAUCUAUAGGAGUAUAAAAAUCACCAUUUCAAGAUAUUUUUAUAUUGCACUAGGCAUCAGAUAUAAUUUUUGCCUGAGAAUCGAUUUUUUGUUUGGAAUUUCUGGGAGAAUUGGACGAGUUCUGAAAUAAAAAGUGAUUCUCUUCCUACAAAAAUACAAAAUUCACCAUUUCAAGAUAUUUUUUAUAUUGCACUAGGUAUUCCUUGUCUAAUUUUAGCAAUAAAAAUAAUCGUUUUGAAGAUUUUUAGCCUGAAUUGAAUAAAUUUUAUAAGAGAGCGCCUCGUAUUCCCGCAGGGCAUAUAUUUUUUGGCAACAUGUCAAAGGUCGAGCUGUCAAGGCCCGAAAUUUGUUUGAUUUAUCUCCAAAGUUGAUGAAUUUUAGCUUUUCUUUUCCGACAAUCUUAGACGAGCGUAUUUUAAAAUCUAGAAUUGUUUUUACGACUUUAUUUCUCAAAAUCUGCUCAUUUUUUGAUUUUUCCCAAUUUUGUUACCUAAAAUAAUAUAAUUUCAAUUUUUCAGCUCAAUUAUGGCCAAUGUGAAUUCAACCCCGUGUUCAACGUGCUGAAAGGCAAUGAAGUGUAUGUCUCGGUGGUUCUCUGCGUUCUUUUCAUCAUCACAGCGGUCGGGUUUUUGGUUGGAGCUCUGAUUUAUAGGAGAAGGUGGGCAUUUUUUUUGACGAUUUUGAGGGAAAAACUGAAUUCAAUAUGGCCAUAUAUGGGAAAUGUGGUCGUAUUUUGCAUUUUUAUAGCAAAAAUUUUUGAUUUUUUUUGAGAUUUUUUUUGAAAUUCGAUUUUUUAGGUUUGGUCGAAAAACGGUCGAAAAUUGAUAAAAAUAUUUUGAGGUGAAAAUGGAGAGAUCGUAUUUUACCUUGAAAUUGAAUUUCGAAGCCGAUUAGAGCCGUUUGCCGCCUUCUUUUUUGUCGAAAAUCCCAAAAUUUUUGGUUUUUUUGACCUUUUCGCCUACUACAAUGACGGACCUGAUCCAGUGACAAAAAACAUACCAUUUUGCAUCCGGAAAGAAUCAAAAAAUGUGGCAAAAUGCCUCCCUCUUCAAGUGAAAAAACUUCGUUUUCAAGGGCCCUCACAAAAAGAGGGCUUUUGAAACCGAUUUUUUCACUUGGAGAAGGAGGUAUUUUGCCACAUUUUUUGAUACCUUUCGGAUGCAAAAUGAUACGUUUUUCGCCACUGGAUCCGGUCCGUUAUUGUAGGAGGUGAAAAGGUCAAAAAAGCAAAAAUUUUGGCAUUUUUGACAAAAAAGAAGAGCCGCAAACGGCUCUAAUCGGCUUCGAAAUUCAAUUUCAAGGUAAAAUACGGUCUUUGAGUGUUUUCUUCAAAAUAUUUGUUUUUCAUUUUUCGACCAAAUCCAAACUUUUGACUCUUCUUUUUUAAAAAAUGCCAAAAUUUUUGGCGUUUUUGACCUUUUUGCCUACUACAAUAUAACUUUCUCCUUAAAAGUCCCCAAACUUUUGACCCUUCUCCCCCCACCUGACCACCGAUUGCAUAACCCUGACCCUAAACCCAUUAUGGAGGUGGUGCAGGUCCCUAAACCCGUCCCCUCUCACGGGAUGAUCGCUUAUUAUUCAAUCCAUCUUGGCGCCGUCUGUUAAUCUCGCGCCGGUGAUGGAUUGCGGCCUCGUAAAUGCAUUUCGUUGGGUGUGGAUUUGUGUAAAUGUUGGGAGACGCAGUGAAUAAUGAGGACAUUCCGAGCGGAGGAUUAUAUUAAUUUAGAUGGCCGGAGGUGUAAAAAGACGAAAAUUAAUUGAAUUUUGCGGGGUUUGGAGGGAGAACAGGUUGGAAAUUGUAAAAUACGGAUACUCCUGGGGAGCUGAAAUAAUUUAACAGCAAAAUUUAAGGCUCUUAGAAGCUUUUUUAUGGUGAUUUUUGAAUUUUAGGUAAUAAAAUGAAUUUUUGGGCAAAAAACCUCAAAGUUGGAGAAAAAAAUGGAGCGAAUUUGAAGUGAAUUUAAAAUAAUAUUUCUUAUAAAUUAUUUUGAACAUCAUUUUAUCUUGUUUUAGAUCCAAAAAAUCCAAAAAAAAUCGAAAUUUUUGCCUAAAUCAAUAUAAAAAAUUUCCAAAAAUGCAAUUUUUCCCUAACUAAAUUUUGCCAAACACCCUGAAAUCAAAUCUAUUUUGCCUUGAACCGACCACACGGACAAAAUAAACGGCUUGUCCUGUCGUUUUUUGAAUGACCGAUUAGCCGUAUUUUUUGCGUAAAUCCAUUCUCCCCUGUCACAGAUUGGAUAUACAAAAGUCAAGGGGCCUCGAAUACGAUCCAUCAUCCCCGACUGUCAACGGGAUGGCGGAUAAUCGGGGACAAUACGGUUACGGUGGAAGAUUUGCGAAAAAUUAGAGUUUUUUGGAUGAGUAAUGUCAUGAAUAAUAUAAAAAUUUUGAUUUUUUUGAUAAAGAUAAUUAUGAAGGCUACGUAUUUUACAAUUCAAUUCUAUUUUAGUUGUUAUGCAGCCAAAAUUUUGGAUUUGGGCUUGAUUUAAAAUAUGAAUUUUUGAAAAAUAUCUGAUGUCAUGGAUAAUAUAAAUUUUUGUACUUUUAAAACUGGGAUGUAAUAACCCGCACGUAUUUUACAAUUUUUAGACUAAUUACUUGUCAAAAAUCUUAAAAUUGAAAAUUUUGCAAUUUUUUGAAAAUAUGUUUUUUUCCAAAAUGUGACAUCAUGACUUAUAUUAGGUAAAAAUAAAAAGUUUUGACUUCGUGCCUCGUAUUUUAAACUCCUCCGUAGUUUCCUAGUCAGCUUUUGAAUGCGUAUGACGACUAAUUUCACUGCGGCCGUAAUUGCGGCCCUUAGGGCAUUUAAAUUGCGCGAAAAUUUCGGUCGGCCAAAUUUUGGGUCCAAUCAAAAGAGAGGCCAAAAAAGUUUAACUGAAAUGUAAUUUAUUGAUUUUAUGAGGCUUUGGAAUGUAAAAUACGUAUUAUAAAAUGGGUUUAUUCUAUUUAUUCAAUUUUUUCUAAUAAUUCAAAUUUCAGACGAAACAAUCAAAAACGCUGCCCCUCCAGCUCGCUGAACAGCACCACAAAGACGAACAGUGGCUCCGCCGAGACCGUUGUGACCGCAAAUCAGUGGCCCUACGGGCAGAAGGUCCUCUCCCCACAAAUGAUCCAUUCGCCAAGUUUCUAUCAACCAAUUGUGGCGCAAAAUUCACAAGGCGCCCUAAUCAGGUCCCUUCCGCUCUGUCACAAUCAAAAGUUUGUCAAUUACCCGCAAAUUGCCGCCGGCAAUUUCCCACAGACCUGCCAAAACCCAUGCCAAAACCCAGGGAAUUUUGCUCAAAACACCGGGAGCUUUGGCCAUCAUCAUCCGAAUUGCCCACCCAACUUCCAAACCAUGCCCUACGCCUACAACAACUCGUGUUGUAUGCACUCGAACAACGGGUACUGCACGCUGAGCUCGCAACCCCCGCAUUACGAGGAAAUCCACCACGAGGCGCCCCAUUACGCCGCCAACCCCAUCCACGACCCGCAACGCGCGUCGAUUGCGGACCUGGCGCGCCGGCCCCCACCUCAAUGCCGACCACCACCUCCGCCAGUGGCGGAUAAUGAAUAUUACCUGCCGCCGAAUGUGCAUAUCAACAACAAUGCCCCGAUUCCGAGACCCCGCAAUCAGCAGAGCUCACAGUCGACGCUGAGCGAUGAGAAUUCGGACCUGGAGGGGUAUCUGAAUCACGCUCCACAACUUGGAGCACCGCACUGUGCGGUCGACCCGAAGGGAAGAGAAAGUGGUUAUGGAACUGGAGAAAAGAGACCGAGUGGAUCGAAAAUGAGGUAAGAGUAACUUCUAAGUGCUUUAGGACUUAGUGGGAUGAUUUUUAGAGGGCGUGGUAAAAAAAUUUUGGGUGGGGUAAAAGGUGACCAAAAAUUUUUUUGAUUUAUUUUGGCUGUAGAUUAUGAUAGAAAACUCCAUUCUAUAGUCUAGGGGUUUUUUGAGACAUUUCCGAGGAAUUUUGGUCCAUUUUAAAGCUGUUUUUAAUUUGGCAGCUUGCGCCCUGGCUUCUUUUCUAAAAAGCCGGAAAUUCGAAAACGUCUAAUGUAAAAAGAAGCAUACUGGUCUACAGAGUGUAAUAAAGUCAUUUUCAGCCACCCCCGCUCACCACUCAGCCAGUCCAGCCCACCGAAUCGCUCAGUUACAGUAACCCAAAAACCAUCGCCAAAACAGAACAUGACUUAUGUGUAG